CCUUUUGUUAGCCGAGUUGAUUGGAUGCUUCAGCGAGGUCGCUAUGGGUGACGCAGACGCUGGGAAGCGGUGCAUGUUGGGAUUUAAACAAUACCUUAUGCUGAAGCUGAUGUGCUUCUUUUAAAAUAAACAACAGCAAAUCGUAAUUAUGAAGCGAGUGUUCACGCUCACAGAAAAGGCUUGGCAAGGUUCUACCUUGCAGUAUCGAUGGCAAAAAACUUUGGGAAAUUAUCUUGCUGUCACUGGACCUGACUGUACAGUAAAGAUAUUUGAUCGUCAUGGGCAAAAGAAAGAUGAAAUUAACCUGCCAGGUAACUGUGUUGCAAUGGACUGGGAUAAAGACGGAGAUACACUGGCAGUGAUUGCUGACAAAUCUAGUUCCAUCUAUUUGUGGGAUGCCAACACACACAAACCAAGUCAGCUGGACAGUGGAAUGAGGGAUCAGAUGUCCUUUCUCUUGUGGUCAAAAGUUGGAUCUUUGCUGGCUGUAGGCACCGCUAAAGGGAAUCUUCUUAUAUAUAAUCAGCAGACUUCACGCAAGAUUCCAAUUCUUGGAAAGCACACAAAGAGGAUUACCUGCGGCUGCUGGAGUACUCAAAACCUGCUGGCUCUUGGGAGUGAAGAUAAGAUGGUCACUGUUAGCAACCAUGAAGGGGACACCAUGAGACAGACAACAGUCCGUGCUGAGCCCAGUGAGAUCCAGUUCUCAGUAAUGAAGACAGAUGAGAGAGCGGCCUCGGGAGAAAGCACAGUCAGUGUGGUGGUUGGAAAGAAGACCUUGUUUCUGUUUAACCUUAAUGACCCAGAUAACCCAAUUGAGCUGGCCUUCCAGCAGCGCUAUGGCAACAUUAUAGCCUACAGAUGGUAUGGAGAUGGCUAUAUUAUGAUUGGGUUCUCCCAGGGCUACUUUGUAGUCAUUUCAACACAUAUCCGUGAGAUUGGUCAAGAGCUCUUCCAGGCGCAUAAUCAUAAAGACAGCCUGACCAGCAUUGCCAUUUCACAGUCCCUCAACAAAGCUGCGUCUUGUGGAGAUAACUGCAUCAAAAUCCACGAUCUAUCAGAGCUGAAGGAAAUGUAUGCUAUAAUUAACCUGGAUGAUGAAACCAAGGGUCUAGACCACCUUUCCUGGACAGAUGAUGGACAGUUGCUUGCUAUUUCGUCACAGAGGGGGACACUUCACGUUUUCCUGACAAAACUUCCCAUUCUUGGAGACACUUGCGGGACACGGCUUGCUGUUCUUACCUCUCUACUGGAAGUCACAGUAGCUAACCAUGUGGAAGGGGAACGUCCCAUCACAGUUUCAGUUGAGGUGGAACCUAAUUUUAUUGCAGUGGGUCCCUACCACAUCGCUGUGGGGAUGAACAACAGGGCAUGGUUUUAUGCACUUGGUGAAAAUGGUGUGGAAAAACUUAAAGAUAUGGAAUACCUUGGGACAGUAGCCAGCAUGCAUAUCAAUUCAGAUUACGCUGCUGCACUCUUCGAGGGUAAAGUGCAACUGCAUAUGAUUGAGAGUGAACAUCUGGAGGCGCAGGAGGAGCGGGAGACACGCCUCUUCCCAGGGCGAGAUGACAAGUGUCGCAUCCUCUGCCACGCGUUGACCGCUGACUUCCUUAUUUACGGGACAGAUACUGGUUUAAUUCACUGUUUUUACAUAGAGGAUUGGCAGUAUAUCAAUGAGUAUCGGCACACAGUGAGUGUCAAAAAGAUCUUUCCAGACCCCAAUGGAACCAGACUGGUAUUCAUUGAUGACAAGAGCGAUGGCUUUGUGUAUUGCCCAGUAAACGAUUCUCUGUAUGAAGUCCCCAACUUUUCACCUACUAUCAAAGGCAUUCUGUGGGAAAACUGGCCGGUGGACAAGGGUGUAUUUAUUGCCUAUGAUGAUGAUAAAGUUUACACAUAUGUCUUUCACAAAGACACAAUUCAAGGUUCCAAAGUGAUCCUUGCUGGAGGCACCAAGCUGCCUUACUCCCAUAAGCCACUGCUGCUGUAUAACGGAGAGCUGACCUGUCAGACACUGAGUGGCAAAACCAACAACAUCAUCCUCAGCACUCACUCCUUCAUGAGCAGCGUGAAAGACAGCGGUAACAGCGACCAGACCCGUAUGCUGACACAAACACUGAUGCUUAAAAGGUUCACUGAAGCCUGGGAGCUGUGCAAAGUUCUGAAUGACCAUUCAGCCUGGACUGAAUUGGGCAGAGCCUGUCUCCAUCACAUGGAAGUGGAGUUUGCCAUCAGAGUGUACCGCAUGGUUGGGAAUGUGGGGAUGGUCAUGUCAUUGGAGCAAAUUAAAGGAAUCGAAGAUCAGAACCUUCUGGCAGGACAUCUCGCCAUGUUCACCAACGAUUUUAAUCAGGCCCAGGACCUGUACCUGGCAUCUAGCUGCCCCAUAGCUGCACUGGAGAUGAGGAGAGACCUGCAGCACUGGGACAGUGCACUACAGCUGGCUAAACGACUGGCUCCCAAACAGAUCCCAUUCAUAUCUAAGGAGUACGCUAUUCAGCUGGAAUUCACUGGGGACUAUGUAAAUGCCUUGGCUCACUAUGAAAAAGGAAUGACUAGUGAUAAUAAGUACCAGGAACACGAUGAAGCAUGUUUAGCUGGAGUGGCUCGGAUGUCAAUCAGAAUGGGAGAUAUUCGCAGAGGGGUUAAUCAGGCCAUCAAACACCCCAGCAGACUGCUGAAGAAAGACUGUGGUGCUAUUCUGGAGGGCAUGAAGCAAUUUUCAGAGGCUGCUCAACUGUAUGAGAAGGGGCAGUAUUACGACAAAGCUGCGUCUGUUUACAUCCGCUGUAAAAACUGGGCAAAGGUUGGAGAACUUCUCCCUCAUGUGACUUCUCCCAAGAUUCACCUGCAGUAUGCGAAGGCUAAGGAGGCAGAUGGAAGAUACAAAGAAGCUGCCAUGGCCUAUGAGAACGCAAAGGACUGGGACAACGUCAUUCGAAUUCAUUUGGAUCAUCUGAAUAAUCCUGAGGAGGCUGUCCGCAUUGUUAGGGAAACACAGUCUAUUGAUGGGGCUAAAAUGGUGGCAAGAUUUUUCCUGAGCUUAAACGACUAUGGCUCAGCAAUCCAGUUUCUGGUUAUGUCUAAAUGUAACGAUGAAGCGUUUCAACUCGCUCAGCAGCACAGCCAGAUGGAGGUGUAUGCAGACAUUAUUGGGAAUAAUGCCACUAUGGAAGACUACCAGAGUAUUGCAUUGUACUUUGAAGGAGAAAAGAAACACCUGCAAGCUGGAAAAUUUUUCCUGCUUUGUGGUCAACAUGGACGGGCAUUGAAACACUUUUUGAAAUGUCCAAAUACAGAAGAUAACCUAGCUAUUGAAAUGGCUAUUGAAACGGUUGGGCAAGCCAAGGAUGAAGCUUUGACUAAUCAGUUGAUCGAUUACUUGAUGGGAGAGAGUGAUGGAAUGCCUAAGGAUGCUAAGUAUCUGUUCCGGUUGUACAUGGCACUGAAGCAGUACAGAGAAGCGGCUAGAACAGCCAUCAUAAUCGCUAGAGAGGAACAGUCUGCAGGCAACUAUCGCAAUGCCCAUGAUGUGCUGUUCAGCAUGUAUACUGAACUGCAAACGCAGAAGAUCAAAAUUCCAUCUGAGAUGGCAACAAACCUAAUGAUCCUGCACAGCUAUAUACUGGUCAAGAUCCAUGUAAAGCGAGGCGACCAUCUGAAAGGGGCACGAAUGCUAAUUCGAGUUUCCAACAACAUCAGCAAGUUCCCCUCUCAUAUUGUUCCCAUCCUGACUUCCUCAGUUAUUGAGUGUCACAGAGCAGGUCUCAAAAACUCUGCAUUCGGCUUUGCAGCUAUGCUUAUGAGGCCUGAAUACAGAAAUAAAAUAGACUUGAAGUACAAAAAAAAGAUUGAAGCCAUGGUUAGGCGUCCCGACACCUCAGAGCUGGAGGAAGAAACAAAACCAUGUCCAUACUGUGCCUUUCAGCUGGCAGAGUGUGGGCUGCUUUGUCCAGGCUGCAAGAACAAUCUCCCAUACUGCAUUGCAACUGGUCGUCACAUGGUUAAAGAGGACUGGACAGUUUGCCCACAUUGUGACUUUCCUGCGCUCUACUCAGAAUUCAAAAUUUUACUGGAGACUGAGACAGUGUGCCCCAUGUGCUCAGAGAGCCUCAGUGCAAGUCAGCUGAAGAAAGUCACAGAUUGUACACCGUAUCUGAAACCAGACGAAGUGGAUCAGUAAUGGGUAUUGCCUGUGCAUUGCGUGAACAGGACCUGAAAGUGAAUUUGAGGUUAAUCUGCUUCAAGGAAGGGUGGAGUCUCUUCUGUGACAAUCAAAACAUUCCAUUAUUGUAGUCAGGCUACUAUUAUUUGUAAAUAGUAUUUCAUAAUAAAGCAUUUUUUUAGCAGUAAAAUAUAUACUGAAUUCUUAUUGCUUUUAAAAAUAAACGUAUCAUUCAUUCCA